UAACAAUGACUGUAUGUUUUUGAAUCAGACUUAAAAGUUUAAGUAUGUUAUUCCAUUACCACUAGCGGCAACAAACAGAGUUGAAAAACUGCAACUGCAAGACAGGUCAUUAAAAUAACUCUUUUUUUUUUUUCCAAUGUGACAUGCCAUAUUAAGAAAAAAAUGUCUGGACUUCAGGAACUAGUCAAGCCAGUGAGAUAAUUAUGUAUUACAGUGAGCUGCAGGAAGAGCAGACAAUGUUUUAGAUAAUAUGAAGUUUUGGGUUUGCCGUUUUUGCAUAUUUUUUUUAAACAGGACAGUUAUUCAUAAAUAUAUGUGGUGCUGGAAAACAAAAGCGAGAUCAAGCAAAGUAAUGUUUAAAAAAAUCAAUGAUAAAAGAACAUAUUUUAACAAACAAAAACCUUCACUUUUAAAGAGUUUAUUAAAUAUUACUACCAAUAUUGUUACACUAAAUGAUUUGAAUGGUAUUAUUGUACACUAACCUGAUGCUCAUUUGAUUUACCUAUAGAGGUCAUGGCAACACUUCAGCCUACACAAGCAGUAGCUACAACAGAGGCAGUCACAACAGAACCAUUACCAGCCAAAACAUAUUCAGUAACACCAAGUGAAACAACAGCAUCAGAAACGUCAUCACUAACAACAAAAAUACCAUCUAGUGCUAUUUUUACAGCUUCAGAGGCAACUACUUCAAUAUCAACUUCAGCGACAUCAGCAGCUGCACUGGAUACAACCACAGCAGGAACUGUUAGAAAUGAAACAGAAACAACCAAGACUACUCUAGCUGAGGUUUCAUCUACUGGAUUACAUUCAAUGGCAGUAGAUACAGUGACGACAACAACAGGCCAAUCAGAGUCUGCUACCUCAGCCAAAGCUUCAACAUCAGUACCAGAAAAAACCACAAUGUUAAUGUCAAUGAAGCCAGUAACAGUGGAUCAUACCUCAGAGGUCUUCACCGCUGUCAAAAAAGUGACAGAAGAGCCUACAACACAAGCUGAUAUGGGUUCAUCAGCAGGAAAAACUACAUUAAGAGCAUCUGGUACAACAGAAUCAGCAAUUACUCCAACUACAGCAGCACCAAUAACAGGGGAAUCAUCACCUCUAACUGAAGCAGGUGAAGUAAAGACAACAGCGGCAAGAACAUCCAGAACUUCAGAAUCAUCUGCAGAAGCCCCAACAUUGUUAGUGUCAACAGCAAGUGCAACUACUCCAGCAUCAGCAGAAGUGACAUCAGCAUUGCCAGCAACUGCAUCAGAGACAAACACAGCAUCAACUAUCAGAAAUGAACCAGAAACAAUCAAGACUACUACAGAAUCGACUGCAGAAGCCCAAACAUUGUUAGUGCCAACAGUGGCACAGAGCACAGUCAGUGUAACAGCCAUGAGCGCUACAACAUCUGAAACUUCAGUAGCUACACGGGAGUCAGUGGCUGCAGUAACAUCCAAAGAGUCUAAAACGACUAUGAUAAUGCCAACAACAUCAGUUGACAUACAGCAUAUAACCAUAGACAUUGUCAGAACAGUACAAACAACAACAACAACAAAGGAACCAGCAACAGAGACGACAGUGACAACUGGUUCAACAACGGUGACAAUUGGUUCACCGAUAACAGAGGAAUCAUCACCUCUAACUGAAGCAGGUGAAGUAAAGACAACAGCGGCAAGAACAUCCAGAACUUCAGAAUCAUCUGCAGAAGCCCCAACAUUGUUAGUGUCAACAGCAAGUGCAACUACUCCAGCAUCAGCAGAAGUGACAUCAGCAUUGCCAGCAACUGCAUCAGAGACAAACACAGCAUCAACUAUCAGAAAUGAACCAGAAACAAUCAAGACUACUACAGAAUCGACUGCAGAAGCCCAAACAUUGUUAGUGCCAACAGUGGCACAGAGCACAGUCAGUGUAACAGCCAUGAGCGCUACAACAUCUGAAACUUCAGUAGCUACAGGGGAGUCAGUGGCUGCAGUAACAUCCAAAGAGUCUAAAACUACUAUGAUAAUGCCAACAACAUCAGUUGACUUGCAGCAUAUAACCACAGACACUGUCAGAACAGUACAAACAACAACAACAACAAAGGAACCAGCAACAGAGACGACAGUGACAAUUGGUUCAACAACGGUGACAAUUGGUUCAACGAUAACAGAGGAAUCAUCACCUCUAACUGAAGCAGGUGAAGUAAAGACAACAGCGGCAAGAACAUCCAGAACUUCAGAAUCAUCUGCAGAAGCCCCAACAUUGUUAGUGUCAACAGCAAGUGCAACUACUCCAGCAUCAGCAGAAGUGACAUCAGCAUUGCCAGCAACUGCAUCAGAGACAAACACAGCAUCAACUAUCAGAAAUGAACCAGAAACAAUCAAGGCUACUACAGAAUCGACUGCAGAAGCCCAAACAUUGUUAGUGCCAACAGUGGCACAGAGCACAGUCAGUGUAACAGCCAUGAGCGCUACAACAUCUGAAACUUCAGUAGCUACACGGGAGUCAGUGGCUGCAGUAACAUCCAAAGAGUCUAAAACUACUAUGAUAAUGCCAACAACAUCAGUUGACAUACAGCAUAUAACCACAGACAUUGUCAGAACAGUACAAACAACAACAACAACAAAGGAACCAGCAACAGAGACGACAGUGACAAUUGGUUCAACAACGGUGACAAUUGGUUCACCGAUAACAGAGGAAUCAUCACCUCUAACUGAAGCAGGUGAAGUAAAGACAACAGCGGCAAGAACAUCCAGAACUUCAGAAUCAUCUGCAGAAGCCCCAACAUUGUUAGUGUCAACAGCAAGUGCAACUACUCCAGCAUCAGCAGAAGUGACAUCAGCAUUGGCAGCAACUGCAUCAGAGACAAACACAGCAUCAACUAUCAGAAAUGAACCAGAAACAAUCAAGACUACUACAGAAUCGACUGCAGAAGCCCAAACAUUGUUAGUGCCAACAGUGGCACAGAGCACAGUCAGUGUAACAGCCAUGAGCGCUACAACAUCUGAAACUUCAGUAGCUACAGGGGAGUCAGUGGCUGCAGUAACAUCCAAAGAGUCUAAAACUACUAUGAUAAUGCCAACAACAUCAGUUGACUUGCAGCAUAUAACCACAGACAUUGUCAGAACAGUACAAACAACAACAACAACAAAGGAACCAGCAACAGAGACGACAGUGACAAUUGGUUCAACAACGGUGACAAUUGGUUCAACGAUAACAGAGGAAUCAUCACCUCUAACUGAAGCAGGUGAAGUAAAGACAACAGCGGCAAGAACAUCCAGAACUUCAGAAUCAUCUGCAGAAGCCCCAACAUUGUUAGUGUCAACAGCAAGUGCAACUACUCCAGCAUCAGCAGAAGUGACAUCAGCAUUGCCAGCAACUGCAUCAGAGACAAACACAGCAUCAACUAUCAGAAAUGAACCAGAAACAAUCAAGACUACUACAGAAUCGACUGCAGAAGCCCAAACAUUGUUAGUGCCAACAGUGGCACAGAGCACAGUCAGUGUAACAGCCAUGAGCGCUACAACAUCUGAAACUUCAGUAGCUACAGGGGAGUCAGUGGCUGCAGUAACAUCCAAAGAGUCUAAAACUACUAUGAUAAUGCCAACAACAUCAGUUGACAUACAGCAUAUAACCACAGACACUGUCAGAACAGUACAAACAACAACAACAACAACACAGGAACCAGCAACAGAGACAACAGUGACAAUCGGUUCAACUACAGAAGCCAUCAUGAAAAAGGGGUCAUCAGAGGUCUUCACUACUGUCAAAAAAGUGACAGAAGAGCCUACAACACAAGCUGAUAUUGGUUCUUCAUCAGCAGGACAAACUACAUUAAUAGCAUUUGGUACAGAAUCAACAAUUACUCCAACUACAGCAGCACCAAUAACCUCAAAUACUGAUCCUCCUACCCUUAAUGAGGGAACCACAAUGUUAAAAUUCAGUCUAAAUGAAACUUUCCAAGAAACAUAUAGGAACAGAUCAUCCCCUGCUUUCCUUACAUUGGCAACCAGAGUGGUAUCUGUGGUAAACUUAAUUUACACGGCAAGCAAUCUCCAAGGAUUCAGGCGAAGCAGAGUCGAAUCCUUCACGAAUGGCUCCAUUAAAGUUGAAAUGACUCUCAUCUUUGAAAAUUCUUCUAUUGUUCCAAGCUCAGUUGAGGUAGAAGCUAUUCUUAAUAGAAACACUAUGAAUGGCACCAUACCUCUGAACAUCAUACUGGAUACUAUCAGGGCAGGGGAAAUAGUUACUUCUACACCUGCGCCUGUCACAAUUGGACCCAUACAAACUACUACCAUGAAAUCCACAGCAAGUACAAACGAGAACACAAACUCCACCUCUGGUGCCUUUUCAUGGAUGGUUUGCUGUUCACUAAUGGCUAUAUCUCCAUCCAUCACUGUUUUAUUAGUUCAAACUGUGAUGUUUUUGUAAUUAUUUAGUGCACUAGUAAAGUUCAAACACUAUAGAAAGAUACCAUGUUUAACCUCCUAAGACCCAAGCUUUGGUUUGGCUUGCAUUUUAGGUUUUUUCUUGCUAUUUGGGGUUAGGAGGAACCAGUAAAUAUAAUAACCAGAUAUUAUCUUUGAACAUGAAGCUCUUUUUGAAAAAAAAUAUGUCCACAUAUGUGGACGCUCAGUCUGUAUACACAGAAAACAAUCAAGACACCAUUGUGUAACAAAGUGCAAAUCUCUUUUAUUUACAGCCUGAGCGCUGUAGUGAACAUUUUUCAUUGUUACUGUUGCAUUUAUAAUUAAAAGUCAAGCACAAACAAAGCUACCCACUCCUAGCUAGUGCUGUAGCAUUGGAGCAGUAUGCAAUCAGUUUUAUUAAAUCUUUAUCAAUAUACUGGUUUACACAGUCCAAUGUGGUCCAGCCUUUUCUGUCCUGCUCAGUUUCCUUGUCAGGCUCAAACUGGGCUAGGUUUGGGGUCAUUUGAGCAGCCCUCCAGCGCACUCCUCGUCUUUGCUUAGGUUGUCCUUGAAAGCUUGGUCCUGGUGUUGGCUCUUCAGGGUCAGCGUUUGAGCCAUUAGACUCAACCUGAUGAGUCCGACGUCUGGGAUUGCUGCUAUGGCAAUGCUACGGUCUGAACAAUAACUUAUAAGUUUCACCACGGAGACGUCUAUGUUCCUGGCUGGCCUCAGUGGACUGUGGAGUGGGGUCUUCAUCCCCACCACUCACCUCCUCACUGCUGCUUGGCUCCUGUUGUCAGAUGUCAGACCCCUGAGUCUCAAAGUCCUCUACCUCUGAGUUGUCCCCAGCAAUUGACUGAGUACUAAUUCAAGUGCCUUUGACAGAAGAAUACGUUCUGGAAAUGAUAUCAUGAGAAAAAUAAAAUAAAAUCAAUGUAAAGUUAUUUAUCACACAUGCAAUGUAAAUUUAUACUGUUGUAAACUGAUGUUUUCUAACAAAUUCUUCCCAAACUACAUUUUCACAGUUACAUUUUUUGCUAAUAUUUUUACAUUUUCAACUACGCUAAGUCCCAUUGUCCACAUAUGUGGACCUCAAGUUUAGCAGCAUAGUAAAUCUUUACUGUUGCAAAAAUUGGUCAAAUUUGCAUCCCAUAUUAUUCAUACAACACUAUUAUGCAUAACUUAACAAGAAUCAACAAUUACAUUUUAUUAGAUUUUUUACCUUGUGGACGCUUUGGUCUGGUGUGGCUUCCCGACUUUUCAGAUGUUUUCUCCGCCAUCUUGAAAUUUCUACGUAAAGUGUUUUUCUCUUCUGACACCACUAGAUGGCAGUGCAAGUGUCCACGUUUGUGUACAACAGGUUCCAGUUACACAGAAUUAGUAUUAUUCCAGUUACAGAGAAUAUAGUAUUAAGUAUUAUGGUGCACACAACCAAAAAUGUGAUGUCCAUGUAAGUGGACGCUAGGUCGUAGGAGGUUAAUAUAAUAUUUAUGCUGAUUUGAUUAGUGAAAAUAGUCAAAUGUAGAAAUUAUUGAAUUAAAAUUAAGCAAUAUAUUGUUUACAGCAUUUAUUAAUGUUGGCGAUCUGCCUUUAUUGGCACCGAAUGCCAAUUACACUGAAUCGUUCUUUUUCAUAGUCAUGUCACCGUAUGAACAAGCCCAACAUAGAAGCUCCACUGCUGUAUGCAUUCUGUGUUUUUGCAUUGCAUGUUUUUCAAUUUUAAAAAAAUCUUUCCGUUUUUAUAAAAAAAAAUUUAGUGAAGUUAUUUUGGUAGUCAAUUUUUUUUUUUAAAGGUUUAAAGGGGUUCCAAGUCUGGGUGAUUGAACAGCUCUGGUUAGAACAUCACUUUUAUUACGCAUUGCACUUUUAACAAAUGAAACCUUAUUGUAAAGUGUUACCAUAUUAGCUAUAAAAAAAAAAAAGUAAUUAGUUAUGGUCAGUCCUUCAUCCGAGAAGGAGUCAUCAGGGAUUUGUGCAAUUCAAUAGUUUGUCAUAUAAAACAUUUAUUUGUUGGUUUGGAAAAUAAGAUGCUUCACUUUAUUCUUUUUGAAUACUUAUGUUUUGUUAACAUUAUUUGGUUGAUAUUUCAUAUAUUUUGAGUACUGAAUCUGUGUUUUCUUUGUUAGUAAAGUUAAGGCAUUCUGACAUCUAUCUUGUUUUGUCUUCUGUUUUUGUGUAUUUUAUCUUUGGACAACCGAUCAGUAUACUGUAUUAGGCCUUGUGCUAUACAGCAGUAAUUAAAAUAGGGGAGAUUUAAGUCUUUGUAUUCAGAUUUAAGUCUUUGUGUAUAAAUAAAACAUGACAUUUACUGUC